GGUCUCUAUGGCAACAUCAGUGUUUGAGGGUGGAGGUUGGUUUCCUGCAAAAAAAAUUGUUUUGUGAAAAUAGACGGAAUAUAUUGGUUUUAAACUCAAGAACGUCAUGCAAACCCUCGCCUAAAACGUAACCUUCUGUCAUUUCUCUCAUGAGGAGCCAGGCCUGACCUCUUGCAGGAUGGAGGUGGUCCUCUCUGGCCCCCAGAAACUGCCGGAGCCCCUCAGGAGAGGGACCCCUGUGCCUCUGAGCCAGCUGGUGGAGGAGAGCAGGAGCAAAGCAAACGCUCCCAAUCAUCUUAUCGAAUCAAAAAUCUAUGCCAAACUGAAAAGCAACAGCCUGAUCCAAGCAGAGCCCGCAGAGCUUCACUUCAGUGGGUUUGAGCUGGGGAAGGAUUACGUAAAGAUCCUGAAACUAAUCAACAUCUCAUCUGAAGUUAUGAAUAUUCAUGUCAUACCCACUCAAACCAAGCACUUCCAAACAACUUACACCAAAAAGUAUCGACUCAUCCCGGGCCUCGCCUACACGCUGAAGGUCAGGCUGUGUCCCGACGAGUGGCGCUACUUCUAUGACUGCAUUCGGGUUCACUGCAAGGGGGAGGAGAACCUGUUAAUUCCAGUUCAUGCUUACCCUGUCAUCGAUGACCUGUGCAUCCCUCCUCACAUCGACCUGUCAGCCGUGCCACUUGGAAACAGUGUUUGCCAAGCUAUUCCUCUGAGAUGCAGCUGCCCCAUCGACUUUGAGUUCCAGGUACAAGUUAUCCAGUCCCACGAGGCCUUCUCCAUCCAGCCCCUUACAGGUGUGAUACCAGCCAAUGGCGAAGAGAAUAUCAUGGUGACCUUCAGUCCUUUCCAAUACGAGACUUGUCAGGUCACCUUCCAGCUGAUCAUCUCUCAGUUCAACAGCAGACCCUUCCUCUGCACCAUCAGUGGGAGCUGCACCCCUCACUUGGCCCUCAGUGAGUUGGGAAAGAAGGCGGGUCAUGGAGAUGCAGUUCGAUACACAGGACCUUCACCUGUCACUCAAGUGCCCCGUCAAAGUAAAACCAAACUCAGGUCGACUGACAAAUCAAAGACACUGAGAGAUCAAGCGAGUGUUCAGGCUGGGCUGAAGCCUCCGGUAGAUGUCUGCACUCCUGCAGGCGUGGCAAAGAUGCUGAUCAGAGACACUGAUAAACUCAGCUCUAAAGACCUGAAGGAAGCCAUGUCGUGUGCCAGCAUGGCUGGUCUGCAGAACAGGCAGAUGAAGGAAGCCCUCUUCAGGAAAAAGGUUCAACAACACGUGAAGGAGGAGCAGGCCAACCACGUCAGAUGGCAAGUUCGUGUUGGUAAGGACCCGGUGUCGGAGCACAGCAGGAGGCAGAUAGCGGAGGAGAGAGAGAUUGCGCUGCAUGAAUACAUGACCUUCAGCAUCAUAACUGAUUUGUUGCAGGUGAAAAGGGGAGAUGAGAGGCAGGAGGAAGGCUUCGCUGCUGGACGACCUGAACUCUCCUCCAGACGACUGCUCUGUGCAGCAGGACAGGCCAGCGAGGGAGCCCCGUCCUUCCAGUUCUUCUGCAGCUUUCAGUGGGAUCUGAGGAGACGAGCCCUCAGUCUUUUCCAGCAGGCAGCCCGCAAGACGGUGAUUCGAUGCCGCAUGGACCGGAGACUGACCUGUUUGAAGGAACUCUGCAGAACGAUGAAGAACUCGCCCUUGGCAAAGAAAGUCGAGGAGGACAGGACAUUUGAUCUGAAGAUCUCACCCGACCGGAUCUUUCCAUUUUCUUUCCCCGUUUUCUCUGCAUUGGCUCGCAGUAAUCUGGUCGAAGUGCCCGUGGAUCCCAUCGAUGUGACUGUGACGACACAUGUUCCUUUCUUCAAGCUUCAAGUUCCACAGCACUAUAAGCUCAUGGGCUACCGACCUGUGUCAGCCUGGGACGCGUUUAACUCGUACAUCCCAACCUCUCUGGCCAGACCACUUCGCACUGGAGCUGCGAAAGAGCCGGUGCCGAAUGAGUCUGGCGCUGUGGAGGCAUGGGGGGAUCAGCAGAAGGAUGAGGCAGAGGAGGAGGCUGUCUGUUUCUCCUUCAGCGCCCCUGAAGCUCUGCUCACACCUUUUCCAGCAAACCCACUCAGAAUCUUUAACCCAGCUCCAGGCCUGCAGGCGUACAAACCCACCCCCAAAUAUCUGGAGACUGACCUGGAGUUCCACCUCUGCCCUCUGCCCAGGUAUCCCAUCCCUGAGAGCAGCAGGUGUGGCAGAGGGACUCAAACCCCAAACACUCAGAAGAAGCAUCUGGACCGCAAGGAAGGGAUCGCUGGCUACAUGACAUGGAACGAUUUCGAUUCGAUCACCUCAAAGUUUCUGUCUCCCAGCAGUGACUUCGCCCAUCGCAGGUCUGUGGACUACAGCACAGAUACACUUCCCCUCAAAACACCUCCUCUCCGCGGCCCUCCUGAUGAUCUGCCUCCACUAAUGGACCCGCCGUGUGAAGGCGUCCAGCUAACAACGGAGAUAAUCAGAGCGCAGUUCUUGUCGGAGCAAGCUCUGGUCUCCAAUAGCAACCUCAGUAAAGGCACAGCAGCCAGGCACCAGAGGGAGAUUCAGACGGAGGCGACCCACAGCUCUCAGUUCAACCGGAUGGGAGGAAGAGUGAUGAGCCGGCUGAAGCUACUUGAAGUCACUGAUACAACUCCACCAGGGGAGCACUGAGAAUAGGCUCACCUCCAAAUGCAUAUAGUCAAAUAAACACUAUCACAUGUAUUGUAUAACUUACCUUGCCUAUAGGAGACUCUACACUGUUUCCCCUGCCACUUCUGUUAAAUAAAACCUGGUUACUCUCACCCACGCUUAAACCUCUCUCCCACCUACUCAAAAUGUCCAGUAAGCUCUCCUCCUGUGCUUUUACAAAAGCCUGGGAAUUCGUUAUCCCUACACCCACACACCUCCAUAUAUAAGCACAGCUACAGUAUAUCUAACACGCUGCAUCACAUUACUGCAUUCAGUUAAAAAGUACAUUUCUUCGCUGUACAGUAGUUCAUGGUGUUGUACUGUAUGUCCCAUGCUUAUUAAUGAUAAACUAUCAUAUUGGAG